GGCACCACUGUACUUAUCGUAAAUCGGUGCGUUCUCUUUUUUAUGUUUAUCACGUAAAGUGACUUAUAAGUUGAAGGUGUUUAAAUAUUUUCGACCAUUGUGUACGUGAUUGAAAAAUAUUAGUGAAAAUCAUAUUUAGUUUAUUUAGCUUAAAAUGAAUAAAAAUACUCCGCCACCACCAUACGAACCUCCACCCUAUGCACCUCCAUCUUAUAGUCAAACAGUGGGUGGAGUUCCGCCUGCUAGUCCAUUUACAUCUGCUGAAGUGUAUGCACAAGGACCAGCUAUUGUAACUACUAUUGUCCCUAUGGGACCAGGACCAACUCAUACCAUUUGUCCACAUUGUCAAGCUGAAAUCGAGUCUACAACAAAAACAGAACCUGGCAUGAUCGCUUACAUUUCCGGAGUUGUAAUAGCUUUACUCGGUUGUUGGUUCGGUUGCUGUUUAAUUCCAUGUUGCAUUGAUGAAUGUAUGGAUGUACAUCAUACCUGUCCAAAUUGCAAAGCUUAUCUCGGACGUUAUAGAAGAUGAAUAUAUUUGAUCUGGAAUCUUUAACAUGGAAUUUCAACGUACAAUAUAAUUUUAUUUAUGAUUAUGAUAUAUUUAAUACAAAAUUUAAUUAAUUUUAUCUGCUUCUCUUACAUAUUUAUACUACAAGUGUAAAGAAUUUCCAGUAUCCGAAGGAUAAAAUGUAAAUAAUAUUUAAGCUUUUCUUCCAAGCACGAAAUAACAGUGCUAUUUAAACGAUAACGGAGAGAUGGGUUAAAAAUGUCUUCUUAUCUAUUAAUUCUAUAUGUUAUUAAUCGAAAGUAUCUCGUAUGGGAUUAUAUGGAAGAAAUAUUGCAGAUAAAAUUUAUUUAUCAAAUUAAUAUAUCUAUUAUAAAAGAGUAAAGUUCAAAUCUAUUUUGAUGAAGUUUAUCAAAAUAUAUUAUUUUUUUUAUAAGCUACUUGUUGAUUAUUGCGAGCACUUUUAAAUGCAACAAUUAUUCUCUGAAAAUAAAAUCUAGAGGCAGCUUCAAAUAAAGCAUUUCAUAUAAAAAAUACUCGCUCUAUUUUGACAAAUUUCGCGUUUAAUUUUUUAUAAUAAUAUAUUUCAAAGUUUUUCAUAAUGAAUCGAAUAUUUUGAUACUAAUAUAUAUAUUAGUAUUAAAGCAACUUGUAUAAUAACAGAUAUAUGUAUUGUAAUGUUAUUUUUAAUAUACACCGUGUAUGAGAUGAAAACUUUAUGCACUAUUUUUAUGCUUGAAAAUAUCUAUAUAAAUAAAAAAAUGUUAAAAUA